AUGCUUUCUACCGUCAAGACCUCUGCUCGUUCUUUGAGAAAUGCCCGUUCCGUAGCCUCUGUUAUUGGAGCUGUGAGAACUAAGGUAUCGUUGCCCGAUUUGGAUUGGGACUACGGAGCCUUGGAGCCUCACAUUUCCGGUCAGAUUAACGAACUCCACUACACCAAACACCACCAGACUUAUGUCAACGGCUACAACCAGGCCAUUGAGCAACACGCCGAAGCCAAAGCUAAGGGCGAAGUUAAGAAAACCGUUGAAUUACAAAAGGCUAUCAACUUCCAUGGUGGAGGCUACACCAACCACUGCUUGUUCUGGAAGAACUUGGCUCCUGAAAAGCAGGGAGGAGGUGUACCUCCUGCUGAUGAGUCUGACUUUGCCAAGAGAAUUGCCUUACAGUACGGAUCUCUUGACAACUUGAAGGCUGUCACCAAUGCCAAGUUGGCCGGUAUCCAGGGCUCGGGUUGGGCUUUCAUCGUAAAGAACAAGGAAAACGGUGGUGCUUUGGAUGUCGUCACCACUGCUAACCAGGACACUGUACUUGGUCCAUUGGUGCCAUUGGUCGCCAUUGAUGCUUGGGAACAUGCCUACUACUUGCAGUACCAGAACGUCAAGGUCGAUUACUUCAAGGCCAUCUGGAACGUUAUUAACUGGAAGGAAGCCGAGAAGAGAUACUUGGUUAAUUAG